AUGGACAUCAACGCCGAUGAUCGAGAAGAUUCAAAACCGGUGGUCCUCGUCACGGGUUGCAGCGGAGGAGGAAUAGGCCACGCGCUUGCACGCUCCUUCGCCGCCAACAGUUGCAAAGUAGUUGCCACCAGCAGAUCGCGUUCCACCAUGGCGGACUUGGACCACGACCCCAAAUUCUUCCUUCAAGAACUCGAUGUUCAGUCCGACGAGAGCGUGAACAGAGUUGUCAAUACUGUCGUGAAUAAAUACGGCCGUAUUGAUAUUCUCGUCAACAACGCGGGUGUUCCGUGUGUCGGUCCACUCGCCGAGAUUCCUCUAUCUACUGUUCAAAACACCUUUGAAACCAAUGUUUUUGGUUCAUUGAGAAUGGUACAGGCGGUGGUUCCUCACAUGGCAGCUAGGAAGCAAGGAAAGAUUGUGAAUGUUGGCAGUGUUACUGGAUUGGCCUCUGGACCUUGGUCGGGUGCUUACAGUGCUUCUAAAGCUGCUCUUCAUGCUUUGACAGAUACGUUAAGAUUGGAACUUGGUCAUUUUGGAAUUGAUGUUGUGAAUGUUGUACCUGGAGCUGUGAAGUCAAAUAUUGGUAAUUCUGGCAUAUCCAUCUACAACAGCAUGCCAGAGUGGAAACUGUUCAAGCCAUUUGAAGCAGCAAUCCGGGCGAGAGCUCUAUUUUCUCAGAGGUCAAGAUCAACCCCUACAGAUGAGUUUGCUAAACAUACUGUAGCUGCUGUCCUUAGAAAGAAACCACCUGCAUGGUUCUCUUAUGGUCAUUAUUCCACCGUCAUGGCUAUCAUGUACCAUUUGCCUCUUUGUGUUAGAGACUUUCUUUUUAAGAAAGCAAUGAAACUCUGA